AUGUCGCCGGCGGCGGCGGACGGCGCGGCGGCGGCGUCGAAGCGGCAGGCGGAGCUGCUCAAGCAGGAGGGCAACUCCUUCUUCAAGAAGGACCGCAUCAGCGCCGCCAUCGACGCCUACACCGGGGCUAUAGCUCUCUGUCAAAAUGUUGCAGUAUAUUGGACCAACAGAGCAUUAUGCUACAAGAGGCGGAAUGAGUGGGCUAAGGUUGAGGAAGAUUGUAGAAUGGCUAUCCAUUAUGACAGCCAUUCCGUUAAGGCGCAUUAUAUGCUUGGACUUGCACUUCUCAACAAACAAGAAUUGACUGAAGGAAUAAAGGAACUAGAGAAGUCUUUGGAGCUUGGAAGGGGUGCACAUCCUGCAAGCUACAUGGUUGAAGAGAUAUGGCAAGAGCUUUCUAAAGCGAAAUACAUUGAAUGGGAAGGCCUGUCAAAUAUGCGAUCCUCUCAAUUGCAUAAACUCAAGGCAACAUGUAAAGAAGCUGUAAGGAAUUAUAACAGCCUUGAUAAUCCAGCUGUAGACGUGUCUGAAGAGCAUCUAAAAGAGCUAGAUGAAGUUUUCAGGAAAGCUGCAAAGGCUGAUACUCCAACAGAAGUUCCUGACCAUCUCUGCUGCAAAAUUACACUCGAUGUCUUCAGAGAUCCGGUGAUCACUCCAAGCGGAAUCACUUAUGAGAGGGCUGUGAUUCUUGACCAUUUAAACAGGGUGGGGAAAUUUGACCCUGUGACCCGUGAAGCGCUUGAACCACACCAACUAAUUCCAAACCUCGCCGUCAAGGAGGCUGUAGAUGUAUUUUUGAGUGAACAUGGCUGGGCUUACAAGAUAAGGUGAUUGAUAUGAACAACUGAAUUUGUAGGGUACACCUUCAGUUAUAAAACCAAAGAUUGUUAGGGUACACCUGGGUUGGAGGUGAGAUUGGCAAUACAUAGUUUCGUUAGUUUGUUGAC